CCCACCAGUGAAUAUUUUCAAGGAGAAGCCGGACCUUCACUGGUAACCAAUCUGUCAGGAUUAACACAGGUUCACCAACCUACUGUCCUUAUUACUGAAGACUGAUGACUGAAACAUUUGUGUUUCGCGGGUUGUAUGCGGUAAGCGUUACUCUGAUGAGUAGUCCUACAGAUGAGAUCAUACAACUAACUAAUGACGACGCUACAUCCAGUAAAGCUCAUGCCAUUUCUCGUGGAUACUGGAAAGACAAGUAUAUCAGGUAUUUUUGUUCCUCUCCGUCACACAAAACUCCGGAGAUUAAUCGUGGCUAUUUUAUAAGAACAACUGCAUUCAGAGCGAUUGCCAUAUCAUUUAUAAAGGUUCCUUACUUUUGAAAAGUACAAAUUACCUUAUCCAGUCCACAGGUGGAGCCUGCCAAAUUGUAAACCUUGGUGCAGGCUCAGAUACAUUGUACUUCGCUCUAAAAGAUGCGCAGGAGACCCCAGAGCUAUACGUCGAAGUAGACUUGGCAUCUAACAUUCAGCAAAAAGCUAUGACAAUACAACGGAGAAGGCUGCUUGAAUCAACAAAUGCUUCACCACUUAAAGACGAUAAUUUAAACCUUACAGUAAAUCAAAAGACUUCUGUUGUUGACACACUACAUGAUAAUUUGCACUACGUUUUUGAAACGGGACGGUUUCACUUACUGAGUUUCGAUUUACGAAGAUCUGUUCAAGAUCUUCUAGAUGUUUUAUGUUCAACAGUUAAUGGGGCUGGUUGUUCCAAAAGUUGCCCAACUCUCUUCCUUGCUGAAUGCGUACUUGUUUAUAUGUCUCCAGAGGCAAGCUGUCAGUUAAUAAAGGGUCUUUCGGUAAACUUCCCACGUGCUUCAUUCCUGCAUUAUGAACAGGUUAAUAUGAGCGAUUCAUUUGGUUCUAUUAUGAUCAAAAAUUUUCGUGCUCGUUCCUGUGAGCUUCCUGGUCUUAAUGCAUGUCAUUCACUGGCUACUCAAGAAGAACGAUUUUUUAAGGCUGGUUGGAAAAAAGCCAAAGGAUGGACUAUAAAUCAAGUUUAUAAGAUGUUACCUUCCAGUACUCGAUACAGAGUAGAACAUUUGGAACUAUUGGAUGACCUUGAAGUGACAAUGCAGUUGUUUGAUCAUUAUUGUAUUCUCCUGGCAACUAAUGAUGAAAUAAUCUGCCCAGAUGAACAGUUGAAAGAAUCAUUAGCCACUAUUGAGUAGUCAUCUUCGUAUAUCAAAUAUGUGAUUCAUUACGAAAGUAUAUAAUGUACUGCAUUUUUCCUAUUUCGAUUUCCUUUUAUUUUUAUCAAGUAUCUGUAUAAUUUAUCGUAUAACUUUAUUAGUUCCUACUUUGUGGUGUAUAUUAAUGCCGUAAAUGUAGACAACAAAAGGAUCCACGUUAAAAUAUAUUUGUACAGAUGUUUGCA